AUGAAGAGAAAAGAUUUGGAAAGACUUUUGAGUGGAUCAACUAACACAGAGCCUGUUAUUAAUCUGAAGAGCUCAAACAGCAAUAUUCAUGAAAGAUCAACUGAUAAAAGAUAUCGUCACCACCAAAAUACUGGGAGUACGACACAUGAUGUUUCUGACAGAAUGAACGCUGAAGUAAAACAUGGACGAGUAAAUGAAUCCAAAGGUAAUGAAAAUAGCAAAUAUCAUCGCAAAAAUUUACACAAUAUUGAAAAUUUGUCUGCUGAUAUAAAUCCUACGUCAAAUUUCAAUCCAUCUUUACAUGAACCAGAAGCUUAUAGUCAUAGGACAUCUAAUUUAUCCACAUGGAUUCCUAAUUUAGGUCAUCCAUACUUUGUACCAUCUCGUUCUAAAUCAGAACAAAUCCUACCUCAGCCUAACUUUCAAGUGAAACGAGAUAAAUCUGAUCAAUAUUUAUCGGAUGAUUCACAGGAUAAUCGAUUGUACUCAUCAAACAUUGUGUCACCUAUACAGUGUUCGCCUAGAGUUAAUAAACAUUAUGAUGAUCAUCAAAUGUUUAAUCCAUGUAUGGUAAAGCCUGAACUAUUAGAUGAAGAACAAUGUCGAGUUUACCAACCAAAUAUAAAUAUGAACUCAUAUGAGCCAUUUGAAAAUCAAGUGAAUGCUCAAUUAGCAAGGUUAAGUAUGCUUCAUGCACAACAGUUAAAUAUUCAAGUUCUUUUGGAACAAGAGUGGAUGAAAUUACACAAGGUUUGUGAAUUAUUUACCUGUAUGCAUUUUGAUCAUUUUCGUAAAUUUGAAAACUGA